UGGGACUGGUCAAAGGAAUGUGCUCGUCAGUUCCGAGAACUGAAAAAGGACAUCGUCCGGGCGACAUUCCUGGUGCACUUAAACCCGGAAAUGCCACUGGUGCUGGCUGCCGACGCCUCACAGUAAAGCCUUGGUGCUGUCCUGUGCCACCGGUUCCCCGACGGGACAGAGCGACCAAUUGCCCACGCGUCCAAGAGUUUCAGUGCGGCCAAAAAGAAUUAUGGCCAAAUAGAGAAAAAAGCUUCGGCACUGGUGUUUGGUUGCAGGAAAUUUCACCAGUACAUCGCUGGGAGGGAGUUUACGCUGCUGACAAACCAUAAGCCGCUUCUCAGCGUCUUCGGCAGCCGGAAGGGCGUUCCCGUCGUGACCGCUAACCGCCUACAGCGUUGGGCGCUGCUGCUCAUGGGAUACAGUUUUUCUAUCGAGUAUCGCAGGACGGAGGAUUUCGGCCAAGCAGACGGGUUGAGCCGCCUGCCACUGCAUUCUACGCAGCUGGAAGGCAUAUCCGGUCUCGGCAUGGACAACGUCGUGAGUGCCGUGCAUAGCGACAACGCCAAUCACCUGCCGCUGUCAGUCGCAGCGAUCGCGGAGGAGACGCUGGUCGACCCGGAGCUCCGAGAAGUAAGCCGUUACAUCCUAAACGGCUGGCCUAGCACCACUUCCGAUAACUCCGACCGUACAAACGGCUGGAGCACGAACUGGUCAUGGUGAACGGCUGUGUCUGCUGGGGUCACUGGACUGUGAUUCCUGAGAAGUUCCGCCAGCAGCUGCUGACAUAUCUGCACGAAGACCACAUGGGGGCUGGAAAGAUGAAGGCAGAAGCCCGAGGUUACUGUUGGUGGCCGCAGAAGGACCGUGAAAUCGAGCAGGUCAGCAAAGACUGCCGCACCUGCACGGAACGAGCUCACGACACCGCGAAGGUUCCGCUGGCCCAGUGGGAGGUCCCAGAUGCACCCUGGAAGCGCGUACAUAUGGACUUCGCCGGCCCGUACCAUGGAACCAUGCUGUUCGUGGUAGUGGACGCCAUGUCCAAGUGGCCAGAAGUGAUUUCCAUGAAGCUUGCCACGACCGAAACUGUCAUCGACGCUCUGCUCACGAUGUUUAGUCGCUACGGAGUAUUUGCAGAAGCCGUCUCCGACAACGGUACGCAAUUCACUUCACAGCAGUUCAUCGAUUUCUGUAACCAGUUUGAGAUUAAGCACAUCCGAACGCCACCGGGUCACCCACAAUCCAACGGGCAAGUGGAGCGUUACGUACAGACCGUGAAAGAGGGAAUCGCGAAGCUGAUGGAAGAUGGCAAAACACUCCCAGCUGCCCUGCGUCAGAUCUUCUGGCGGUAUCGCAGCGUUCCACACGCCACAACGGGCAAGUCGCCAGCCGAGCUGUUCAUGGGCCGCAAAAUGCGCUCAACGUUGGACCUGCUGAUCCCCGUCAUGAUGACUACGGCCGAACGUAAACGCGAACGAUACCGAAGGAAUUUCGACAAGCGGACAGUUCCGAAGAGCUUUCAGCCUGGUUAGCUGGUUCUCGUUCAAGAUUUCCGCCCCAGUCGCGACGUUGACUGGGUCAGUGGAAAACUGAUCGAGCGGGACGGCGCCCGAAUCUGGGAGAUUUCCGUCAACGGAACAGUCUGGCGCCGACACUAUAAUCAAAUUCGACCGCGAUACUGGCUGGAACCAGUGAAGUGAAACUUGGCAGUACAUUGCCAGAAACGCCAGUUGUCGACGCACAGAACAAUUCUGCAGCACGGAUGGCGGAUGAAACACCGAAACAGGAAGCGCGCCCUGCUAAUGAAACGGUGAAACCUCCGCCAGAUAACGUCAAAGAGACAACAACAGCGAAAAAUGACCCAGCGGCAGCUCAACAGCCAACCAAACCGAAAAAGGUCAAGCCACCGCAGCCAGUUGAAAAUUUACGAAGAACGGAACGAACCAUAGUGAAACCGGAUCGAUUAAUAGCGGAUCCUAAAUUUGGUUCUUAACUG